CCGCUGCUUUCUCAUUUGAUCCCACAAUUUCAUCAAUCAUCAAGCAUUCAUCAAGAUGCCCGAUAUCAGCAAUGGUAGUACCGGUAGCCAUGAUACCGCUCUCCUGAUCACCCCCCUAGCACCACUGGAAGACCAAUUCUAUCCAGAUCCUGAGUGGGCUCGGCUACCUCAGGACCAAACUUGGAAAGUUAUCGAGAUCAAGAAUGGCGUCGAGAUUGCACAGACCGUCCUCAGCCAACGUCCUUCCUGGCUAUUCGGCCGUGCCGCGGAUCAAGUGCACAUUCCCCUGAAUCACGAAUCCAUUUCUCGCUGUCAUGCCAGAAUAGCUUUUGAUUCGUCAGGAACGCCAUGGUUGCGAGAUUGCGCCUCGUCGCAUGGGACCAAAGUCAACAAGAAGCGACUUCCACCCAUGGCGUGCGGUAGCAAGGCGGAACCAGCCGAUAGUACCCAAAAGGGAUCUCGAGGAGUGGUGUUGUAUCCCGGAGACGUCAUUGUAUUUGGAGCAUCCACUCGCAUUUAUUGUCUCGAAGGACCACCCGAAUUUCAACGAGGCAACAAGAGAAUGGAACUGCUCAAUCAGCAGUAUCUUGAAAAGGGAAAGCAGCAACAAUUAGCAGCAUCCACAGAAAACAAGGACAAUGGCACUAGCAACAGUAACCCAGCAGAACAAGACAAGGAAGAAAAGGAAGAAGACUCGGGGGUUUCUUGGGGUAUCUCCAUGGCCGAAGCCAGUGACUAUGCGGCAGAACAAGACGAUGGCGACGAAGAAGAUGAAGCAAUGGCACGACAACGAGCUCUGGAAAACUUUGGUAAUAUUCCCGAAAAACAUCUCAAAGCGUGGGAGAAAAUUUGUGCUCUCAAAUACAAACUCAACAAUGUAACUACCGAAAGUCAAAGGAUACGAGUCAAAGGGGACCUCACCACGGGACAAGAACAUCAGCUACAGAAAAAUGACAAGCGACAAAUCGAAUUGCAUCAACAAAUUUUAGAUCGAGAAAAGGAACUCUAUCAAAAACUAUUUCCAGACAAAGUCAAUAAGAACGACAGCAGCAAAAAACGAAAAGAAUACUAUCAAGCGGAGGAUGACGUGGAUGAUUUCUUUGACCGCACCAAAGAUCAGGAACUUGCCAAACAACAACAACAAAACAGCAAUCAGGCGGAAACAGAAGACUCGCUGUUGAAAAAGUGGAACACACUGCAAGAACAAUGGCAACAAAAGAAUACAUUGCUUCAACGUUCCAAGGACCAAAAGGUCGCUCCCUUGCAACAACGAUACGAUCGACUCAUCGCUGCCGGGGAUGAUGGGGAAGCUUUCUUUGUGCAAAAUGAUCUCUCCAUUGCCAAGGAACAGGUCGACAAACUUCAAAAACAGGUACAGCAGAUUGACGAGCAAUUGACAGAAGCCAAAGCAUUGCUCAAAAUUGUCAAUCCAAAGCUUGUACUCAAGGAGGAUGCGCGAAUCCAACAACAGCAACACAAGGACAUGGCACCUCCACCAACCAUGGCGUCAUCCAAUAGCAUGAUGCCGCCACCUCCAAUGUCAAAACAACCAGAACAAAGUAGCUCCACGGAAGGAGGUUUCAUGAUGCCACCACCCAAACGAAAGCGGACCGCGGGACCAUCACCGUCAGCUCCGGACGGCAGCUCGGACGAUCAAAUUUCGGAAGAUACAGGCGUCAAGCCAAAAGUCAGGAACGGGCCUGCGGCUCGACCAGGGGGGACACUGGCUGCAAUCAUGGCAAGCAAUGACAACGGGGAGAGAAAGAAGAAAACAAAGGGUCCCGCUGGGCCACCGCCGCAGGGAAGCACCUUGGCGGCCAUUACGGGAGGUAACACAAGAAGUCAAUUUGCCAAACCCAAGUCCAAUUCAGACGCUACUGCAACCCAAAAGCAAGCCUCAACCACCAUUGAUUUGAAAAAGGACGAAUGGCGUGCUCCUGCCGAUCAGGAUGGUAGUGGAAGGACAAAGCUGAAUGCCAAGUUUGCAGGACGGUACUGAUUUAAUUGAAGUUUGAUUUUACGCCUUGUUACGUUACUACUAAUAAACCGUUUGCGGACUACGCUGCUUGCUGUAUCGUCAUUCGUAGCAAUGAUGCUUGGUUGUCGGCAUUCUGCUUUCUUCUACGGUACCCCCGACGUCAUGAAGUGGGAGUUAACUAGUUACAAAACACUAUCUCUUGCUGGCUAUCUUCUGGCAAUGCUUCUUGUCGAGACGAUUUCUAUUUAGGCAAUGCCGGGACCCAUACCGGCUCCCAUGGCCUGCUGAUCAAACAGUUGUUGCUUCAUUUCCUCCGACAUUGAAACGGGGAUUUCAGUGACUAAGCACUCAGUGCCUGGAUCUUUGCUAGUACAACAGCACCUUCGACUCCAGCAUUCUCGGCAACUUGCAUGGCAGGAUAGCCCAUGGCAGCGAUCAUGAUUUGAGCACCUGCCUUUUCAUCCUCACCGUCCAUGCCGUCCAGGAUUUUAUCAACCAUAGUAUAUUGAAGAUAAGCCAAGCAAGCACCUCCACCAGGAACGAUACCCAACUCUCGAGCACUAUCUACCGAGUUCAAGGCAUCUUCAUAUCGCAGCUUUUUGUCCUUCAAUUCAGUUUCCGUGGCAGCACCCACCUUGAUUCGGGCAAUACCACCACCCAAGGAGGCAAUACGUUCGGUGCACUUAUCGGCAUCAUAGUCGGUUUCGGCUUCUUCUGCCUCUCGACGGAGCUGUUGGAUGCGUGCAUCAAUGGCUUCUUGUUGCUUUCCGUCUGUGACGAUGGUAGUUUGUUCCUUGCCCACAACGAUGCGGUCGGCGGUUCCCAGCAUGUCCAAGGUGACGCCAUCGAGGGUAAUUCCUAGUUCUUCAGCGACAAAGGAAGCUCCCGUGGCAAUGGCGAUAUCUUGGGUAUACUCACGCCGUCUGUUUCCGAAUCCAGGUGCCUUGAUGGCGACAACAUCUAAAACUCCUCUCAUUUUGUUGACCACCAAGGCCGAGAGUGCUUCUCCAGUGACAUCUUCGGCAAUCAAAAGAAGUGGAUCCUUGGUCUUGACCAAUUGUUCGAGAAGUGGGACAAUAUCAUUGACAUCGUCAAUCUUGGCAUCGGUGACGAGGACCUUUGGGUUGACGAGCUCUGCCACUUGACGUUCUUGAUCCUUGACCAUGUAGGGGGAAAUGUAGCCCCGAUCAAUGGUCAAUCCUUC